GUUUGCUUUUGGGGUUCUUUGGGUUUUGGUUUGGUGGUUUUUGUUUUGUUUUCUUCCCCCUCCCCGCGUAAAUUCUGCAAUCCGAUUACAAAAACGAAGGGUCCUCUGGAGGGAUACCGCCACCUGGACUACACCUCCCGUGAGGCAGCGCGUCCGGCUCGCCUCGUCCUCGGACGCGGGUGGCGGACGGGAGAUCUCGCGAGGGUCGGGGCGCGGUGCGGGCGGGCUCGCGCGGGAGGUUUUGGCGGGCUCGGGAAGAUGGCGGCGUUGGAGCUGUCUUUCCGCUCUGCGCCCAGAGCCGCCGCGUACCCGCAGUGGGAGAGCGACCACCUCUGGAUCUGUUUGCUGGCCUUGGGACUCAACCCAAAACGCCACCAGGGCGUAAGACUAGGGAGGGAUAUGUUUGCUAAACCAAACAGCAAAGCGAUUUUUCUCGUUGCCCGCUUCUUGUUUACUAAGCUGGAUAAGCACCGUGCAAGACAAACUUUCAAGCACUCUGGAUUCACAAGACUACCAAGUCCUAGAUUUAGGAAGCAGUGCUGUCUGUGGCUAAGAGAAAUUUCAGAAGAGGAAAAAGGUUUUCCACAAAUUACACCUUCCACACUGAUUUUUUCUUGUGGUGCUAAAGUUGUUCACAUGUUCUACUGUUUUGCAAGAUACGUAAUGAUUGAGAACAUGAAAAAGCUCUCUGUAGGCACUUGUAUACCUUUUGCUGAAGCUGUAACGUGGAGACCUAAGGAUAUUUACAUAGCAAAAGCAAGACACACAGUUGCAUACAAUAAACUGCUGCAAAUUCUUCGAAGGGAAGACUUUGUUUUUCAAGAAUAUCGGAGAAAAGCGCAGGUUUUAAUUGGAGAAAUAAAGAGGACAAAGUCUGAAUAUGCAGUUGUGUGCAAGGAGUUUCGCACGAAGAAACAAAAUGACCAAAACAAAAAUGACACAACUGAGAGAAUCCAAAAGGUCCGCAGUAUGUGGACACUAAUAGUGGAAAUGCUUACAUCUCUGAAAAAGGAAAAGGGAGUUGUGGAUUCUGUACUUGAAGACUGUGUUAACCCAUGUAUUCUAGAUGGAACUGAUGUUGCUGUGAGUGUUCCAGGGUUGUUAACGUACAGAAUUGAAAGUAACAUACAUGGAUUUGUUACAGAAAAUUUAUAUGAAGAUGGAAAUCUGAAUUUCCUAACAGUUAUUCAGUUACUAAAUGAAGCCCUGAAGACAUUGAGCGAUGAACACGGUCCAUGUGAAUUAAAAGAACUUCACAGAAUUGAAGACAUGGUUACAUCCUACAAGAAUGCACUACAGGUGUUGAAAACUAAAAGUCUAAGAAGAAAGCAAGAGCAUUAUGAGCCAAAGCAUCAGUCUAUUGCCAAAAAACAGGAAAUCUGGGAAUCUAAGUGGAAAACAAUUCUUGGCCAGUGUCCUUUUAAUUUAAUCUUUCAAGAUGAUCUAACACCUGUUUCACCACUUCAGUCUUUUAGUUCUUCCGAUGAAGAGGAAGAUAGUGUCUUUUAUCAGUCAUCUCCAGAUAAUGAUGACUAUCAUAAUGAAGAAUGCCAUGAGGAAUGGGAUGAAACCACGAUCGAUACAACAUUAGUACCCUCAAUAUGUCUUUCUCCCUUGAGGAGCCCAUUGGGGCUGUUGUCGUCAGAAGCAUCUGAAAAUGAAGACCUGUUAAUUGAAAAUAACUUGAAUACUUCUGUGGGAAAUAAAAAACCUGUGCCUCAAAAAAACUUAGAAAAUGGAAAGGAAGAAAUUCCUACUUCAGAAGUGGAUGGGAAUGCAGAUGAAAAUGUCACCCAGCCAAAGUCUCCUGUGAAAAAAGAUGACCUUCUUGAGAAAGCCAGAGAUGAACUGGCCGAAGAGAUUGCAAAGUCAGUGAUGUCUGAGUCACCUUAUAGUGGUGAAGAAAAAGGAAUGACACUAGAUGGACUCAUUAGCUCACUGUGUUUCGACCCAUUUUUAACAAGGAAACAAAUACCCCGAACUCCAGAAAAUCUGCUUACUGAAGUUAGAAGUUCGUGGAGAAAAGCUAUUCAGACUGAGGACUCAUUAGACCUAGAGCCGUCCUCUACUGAAGUGGUGGCAGAAGAAUCUUCAGUGAACGCUACACUCAGUAUGCAGGAGGAGGUGGACUCUACCUUUAUGUGCUCUGAACUUGUGUCUCCUGUAUCUGACUUGGGUCCUCCUGUAUCAGAAAAGAAGUCUCAAUUAAAUUCUACAGAAUCUAGUUCUCAGGAGCAGGUGAGUGUAAGUCAUACAUUGGAAUCUUCAGAUUCAAAAAUAUCUGGAAUUCAAGAAACUGAGAGAACUGAAUCAGAGGAACAAAAUUGUUCUGCUUUGAGUGGAAGUUCUGUAAAAGAUCUAAGCCAGACUUUGCAAAAUGUAGAGAAGAGCAUGAAUAUUCCAGAUACUUGUUUGAAAAGUGGUAGUAGAGCAAAUACACUGCCUUCAGACCACAGUUUUCUAAUGGAUGAGAUGCUGUGCUGGAAAGUAUCUGCAUUAAAUUCCAUCUGUCAUGAAAAUGCUGACAGGGGAAUAUUGGAUGAGACACUUCCAGAAUCUUAUAGUCUGGAUCUCAGCAUAUCUGCAGACUCAGACUCCAUUUGUUUUACAAUGGACAGUGAAAAUACAGUGGAUGGCUCAGAAAAUAAUGAGGAUAUUAAAAAAUCAAACCUAGACACACAACUCCUGUCCAACUCCCAUGAAGUGCUAAAAAAGACUGCAUCUAAGAGUGAAGAGGAGCUGCAUCAAACACAUAAUGGAAGCAAGUCUCAAAGUUUUAGAGCUAAACUAAAUAUGUCAGAAGAAGGAGAGGAAAAUGAGAAUGAUCCUUCCAUGGAUGAAGGAUUUACCAAGAUGCCAUUGCCAAACUCUCUUGAUGAAAGCAAACAUUCCCUGUCAUCUUCCCUGGUGUCUUGUCAACAGAGGGAUGGUACAUGAAGUCCCAUUAGACUUACUACAUAAAUUGAAGGACAAGAACAGUUUAGUUGGAAGCUGAGCGUGAAGGAACCUUCAUCAGGAUGGAAUUUGUAAAGCAGCAGCAUAACCAGAGCAGUGCAUUUAUGGUUCUCUUGAGUGUGUAGCAUCUUCUCCAAGCAUUGUCUGGAUUGGGAAGUUUUACUCUUUUUGGUGUGCAAGGAGACUGGAAUAGUCUCCUUGUUUAAGAGGCCUGCUCUCACACUGCCAGCUCUGACACUGCCAGUUUCAUAUCACCCACUGUGGCUUUCUAUAUACAGUGUAUCAUUUAUAUACAGAACUGUACUUUCUUUAUUAAGUAUAUUUUGAACAGCAGAUGUUGAGUAAAUGGUAUUACCCUAGAAAAUGGAAAAACCAAAUGUCAAAGGAGAAAUUUGCUCCUAAUCCAUGUCUCAUACCACAUCCCAGCCCUCAACCCAACAGAUUGAAAUUUUUCCUGGUGCUCUGAGACUUCUGGUCUAUAUUGCCAUCAAUUCUACCUGUUAAUAGAGGCUGUUCCCUUUUUCUAAACUUCACUGGAGCGCAUAUUUCUUUAGCGAUAUUACCAAAUAAAUGCUUUACACUGAACUUAGAAAAAUGUAUUGCUUGUGGUAGUGUUGAUGCUACUUGAUAUUAACAACUGACAUGCACAUUAUGUUGUGAUGAAAAAGGUGAUAGAGCCUGUGGUAAGAGGAGAAAGUACGACUCAAGAAUCCAAGAAGUAAACUUGCUGUUGUAAAAAUACUGACUCCUAGUCUGAUGUGUUUAGAGGUAUUGUUAAAUAAAGUUGUUUCUAUGUU